AUGAGGCUGUCCCUGAUGGUCCUGCUGGUCACUUUGGCCCUUUGCUGCUACGAGGCCCAUGGGAUUGUCUGUCGGGCCCUUGUUAAGGAAUUUUCAGCCUUCCUCUGGAAGCCUGACGAAAUCUACAAGCCAGAACUGGAGUUAUUUGGUGCACCCCCAGAAGCUGUUGAUGCCAAGAUGAAAGUGAAGCAGUGUGCAAAUGGCAUCUCCUUUAAAAAGAAAAUUCUGCUUACGAAAACACUGGUGGAGAUACUAGUGAAGAAGUGUGGUUUCGAAGAUGUAAAAACACUAUUCCCGGAUAUCUCUUUGGGGCUCAGUGCAAGCGUGUUUAAAUAG